AGAAUUGUUGACGAUCCCUGCAUAGUUGCCACCAAUGCUAGUAUAAGAGAGGGGUACUUCAAAACACCUCCAUUGUUUUCUGAGCAUCACCCUCAUCUGCUUCACCAUGCUUCUGAGGAGUAUAAUUCUGUUGAUAACGUUCACGCAGAUAUUCGCCGGGGAAGGCUGGAGAAAGCCUGGCUGCCAUAAAACGGGCCACACUCGGGAAAUCAACAUACCUGACUGCGUCGGCUUCAAGAUCACGACCAACGCCUGCCGCGGCUACUGCGAGUCCUGGUCGCUGCCUAGCAUCAUGCUGGGGUUUAAGCGGCACCCGGUCACUUCGCUGGGGCAGUGCUGCAACAUAAUGGAGUCGGAAGACACGCAUGUCAAGGUGCAAUGUAUUGACGGAGAACGGAAUUUGACGUUCAAGUCGGCGGUGUCCUGCGCGUGCUACCACUGUCAGAAGGAAUAGAGAACUUCUGUAACAUCCCACCCACAGACAUAUAUCUAAGUAGACUCGUGCACCGCACUACUAUGUACCGCAGGAUUUUGUAUCGAUAAAGAUCGGUUUUCCUAGGAUAGCGGUGCCGUGCCGUCAUUUAGCGGCCGUCUCCAUACUAAAUAAUACGACUAAAUAUGGAUGUCGUAGUAUUUGUAUGUAGACGGCCGCUAUAAUGACGGCACCGCUAUCCUAGGAAACCAGAGCUUAAGCAAGCGCGAGGCGUAUUUAGAUUUGAAAUUAUGGUAUUGAUUUCAUAUUUGCUGAGACAGUCAAAUUAAUAUCGAUAGAUUUUUUUCGAUUCUAUGUCAAUUAAAAUUCUUAUCUAGUUACGCUUUACGAAGUAGUUAAAAGGUAGGCACAUUUUGUAAUUGCAUCUUAAAAAUACAGUAUUGUUUUACGAAACUCGAAAUAACUCAUCUUAAAAUCACUUUAUUCACGAUCGGAUAUAAAACAGAAUUGGAAGCUAAUUUUGUAGUUGCAUUUUAAGGUUGAGUAACUAAUAUCUAAAUUCUUGUAUCUACUUAUUAUACUUAUACAUAAAAGUAGGUGCAUGCAUUUGGGUGGUCUCGUUAGAUGUAUGUCUAUGAUUAUACUACAAUAAGUAAUUAAUUUGCAAUCUAUUGUUGUUCUAUGGGGAAAUAGAAUAUCUUAGUGAAAUUAAACAAUGAAUUGUUUGUCUUAAGUGAAAUUUAUUACGUAACUUAUUAUAACUUGCGAUGUAGAAAUUAAGAGAAAAUUAGUAUGUAAUGUACCUAAAGGAGGGUACUUUAUAAACUGUACAAUAAAUGUGA